AUGGGCUCUGAUCCUUCAGUUACUGAGUUGAUUUUUUCUAUCCUCACAUGCUUAGGGUAUGGACUUCACAUGGGCAAACCAUUAGUGCCUCAGAAGAUACUUUUCGUACAGCAGGUAACAUCUAAAGGAACUGGUUUAAAUCCUAAUGCCAAAGUAUGGCAAGAAAUUCCUCCUGGAAAUACUGAAGCCACUCAAGUAACUCAUGGAACUGAAAGCUCUUGGCAUGAAACAGCAGCCACAUCAGGGUCUCAUCCUGAGGGUAAUACAGAGCUUUCAGAUGAUAUAUGUAAGGAAUAUGAAGUAAUGUAUUCAUCUUGUGAAACCACCAGAAAUACUAUAGGCAUUGAAGAAUCAACCGAUGGAAUGAUUUUAGGGCCAGAAGAUCUGAGUUACCACAUAUAUGAUGUUUCUGGGGAAAGUAAUUCAGCAAUUUCUACAGAAGACCUAAAAGAAUGUCUGAAGAAACAAUUGGAAUUCUGUUUCUCUAGAGAAAAUUUGUCAAAGGAUCUUUACCUGAUAUCUCAAAUGGACAGUGAUCAGUUCAUCCCAAUUUGGACAGUUGCCAACAUGGAAGAAAUAAAAAAGCUGACCACAGACCCUGAUCUAAUUCUUGAAGUGUUGAGAUCUUCUCCUAUGGUACAAGUUGAUGAGAAGGGUGAGAAAGUGAGACCAAGUCAUAAGCGUUGUAUUGUGAUUCUUAGAGAGAUUCCUGAAACGACGCCUAUAGAGGCUUUUAAAUACUUAAGAGAAGAAGUUAAAACAUUUCAGGGCAAGCCAAUCAUGGCAAGGAUAAAAGCCAUCAAUACAUUUUUUGCUAAGAAUGGUUAUCGAUUAAUGGAUUCUAGUAUGUAUAGUCAGCCCAUUCAAACUCAAGCACAGUAUGCCUCACCAGUUUUUAUGCAGCCUGUAUAUAAUCCUCACCAACAGUACUCGGUUUAUAGUAUUGUGCCUCAGUCUUGGUCACCAAAUCCUGCACCUUACUUUGAAACACCACUGGCUCCCUUUCCCAAUGGUAGUUUUGUGAAUGGCUUUAAUGCACCAGGAUCUUAUAAAACAAAUGCUGCUGCUGUGAAUAUGCCUCGACCAUUCCAAAAAAAUCGUGUGAAGCCUCAUUUUAGGUCAUCGAGUGGUUCAGAACACUCGACAGAAGGCUCUGUGUCAUUGGGGGAUGGACCAUUAAACAGAUCUGGUUCAAGGAACUUUCCAACUGAACGGCAUAAUCCUACAGUAACAGGGCAUCAGGAGCAAAGCUACCUUCCAAAAGAAACUCCUGCUGUACAGAUGGAACAGAAUGGGGACUAUGGUAGGGGCAGGAGAACUCUUUUCAGAGGUCGAAGACGACGAGAAGAUGAGAGAGUCCAGAGACCUCAGUCUUCAUCAGCUGAAGCAAAGGCUCCAACACCAAAGUUUGACUUACUAGCCUCAAAUUUUCCUCCUUUACCCGGAAGUUCAUCAAGAACUCCAGGUGAACUUGUUUUGGAGAGUAGGAUGUCUGAUGUUGUUAAAGGUGUCUACAAAGAAAAGGAUAAUGAGGAGUUAAGAGUUAGCUGCCCAGUGCCUGCAGAGGAUGAACAGACAGACUGCACCUCUGCCCAGCAACUCAGUAUGAGUACCAGUCCUCCAUGUACAGCUGAGCUUCCUGCAUUAAGCACAACUCAGCAAGAAAAGGAGCUAGUAGAGGAUUCCUCUGUUCAGAAGGAUGUUCUCAACCAGACAGCUAUACCAGUUUCUUCCCCAAGUAGUGCAAAGCCAUCAAGGACAAAUAGUGCUUCACCGUGUAAUAAUAACAUAAAUGCAGCUGUAGCUGUGGCCCUACAGGAACCCCGAAAGCUAAGUUAUGCUGAAGUGUGCCAGAAGCCCCCUAAAGAGCCAGCUCCGGUUCUUGUGCAGCCACUACGAGAACUUCGCUCCAAUGUAGUGUCUCCCACCAAAAAUGAAGAGAAUGGAGCUCCUGAGAAGUCCAUUGAGAAAUCACAUGAGAAGCCAGAAGCAAGGGCUAGUAAGGAGUAUUCUAGCUUCCGAGGCAAUACCAUUCCCAGGGGAGCAGCUGGAAAAAUCAGGGAACAGAGACGCCAGUUUGGCCAUAGGGCUAUACCUCAGGGAGUGACUCGACGUAAUGGCAAAGAGCAAUAUGUGCCACCCAGAUCACCAAAGUAAAACAAACUAUUCAAAAACUUCUCUCUCUUCCCAUUAAACUUGAGCCGUGGCUAUAUUGAACUGUUCUGGAGGGGAGGGGGGUAGCCAGGAAGGAAACAGGAGAAAAGUGUAUGUCCUUAAAUCAUUAUGGAUUUUGGAGUUGUGAGCAGUAGAAUCCCAAAAUUCAUCUCUAAAGUGAUUUUAAAAUGCUGGAGGAUUCCAAUCAGUAUAAAUAUAUAUAUAUAUAUAUGUAUACAUAUAUAAAAAUAUAAUUUUUCUAUUUUUGUUUUUGAUUUUAAUUUGCAGAGAUCUUCUGCCUAGAAUCAAUUUUGAGGGUUCAGAUUUAGCUUGAGAAAAAAACAUAUUACACAUCCUUCAGUACAGGAGAUGAGGGAGUGAGAGAAAAUAUUUUUUGAAGAAGCAUUUCUGUAAAAUUAGAAAUUACUUUUUUUAAUCUAUUUAAAGUUUGGCUUGGAGAAUGCCAUUUCUGCCUAUAUGGCCUUGUGUUGCAAAGCAGAUCAGUGGCUGGGGUGCCUGUUGUGUGAGUGUGUGCAAGAGUGAUUGAAGCCAAAUCUGUUGUCAUGUUAGAAAAUGAUUUGAAAACUGAAUGUAAUACUUGAGUAGAUUUUUUUUUCCAUUUUGAAAUUGUCUGUCUUUUUGACCUUAAUAUUUCAUUCAACAAACUGUUAAGCUCUGAUUGUACUUAGAGAUGUGACUAUCAAUCAGUUUGAUACUCAAGGAAAGAAAGGGGGUUAUUCAAAAAAUCAAAUAUUUGUCUUAGAUCUGAGUGGAUAGGUCAAAUGGACUUCAGAGGUUUAAACUGCUUUGUGAUUUCCUGCCCUCCCCCCCAAAUAGGAGACAGGUUUUUUUGUUACUUCAUUAUUCUCUGUUGACUACCCACCCCCCAAAAGCAAAAUAACCAACAUCCUACAGAAUUGUAUGUUUCUAAUUGCCUUGACCAGUCUAGUCGAAUCAUAUAACUGUUCUAAAUCUCCGAUUGAACAUUGAAGUAGUUUACUCUUCUGUUCAUGUAUUUAGAACUUUAGAUCCCAGAAUGGUAGGUCAGACUGACCCUACAGUAAUUUAUUUGUAUUCGUGUUAAAGAUGAAACAUUGUAAGUGAUUUCUUAAAGUGUUAAAUAGUGUAGAAGUUAAAAAAAAAAAAUUAAAGGCUUAAUUUGGGGGUGACUUUUUCUGUUUACAAUGUGUUUUAUCAUCUUCCUUCCUUUUCUCCGCCCCCCCCCCAAAAAAUACAGUUUGGAAUUCACAGAAACAGAACCAGCAAGUCAUGAGAUUUUUUUACUUAAGGUGAGAAAGAUAGUUGAAGAAAAUUAAUACAUACUUUCUCAGUGAAUAAAUGUAGCUGUCAUAUUAAGUAGGCAAGUUUACAUGCUGGUGUUUAGAAAAUGGCUAAAAUAUUAAAAACCAUGUUGCAUUAAUCUGUGUUAAGUCAUACCAUUUUCAGAGUUCCAUGUAAGGUGGGGUUUUGUUUUCUUUUUAGGGAUAGUUUGUAAUAGUCAUAACUGUCCCUUAUGUUAGUGAAUUACAUAUGUACAAAUUGAAACUGUAAAUUGUGAACACUGGAAAGCACCAUUGUGACAUAGAGUAAACAUCUUAGUAAUAUAUUAAAAUGAAUGUAAAUGGAGGUUAAAAUUACAUUACUGUGAAACUCAUCUUCCAACUCUAAGUUAAGCUUUAGAGAUUUGUAUUAGUAGCUAACUAAACACUGCACAUUUCUGUACAAGCCAGGAUUAUCAUUUCUUUGUAACUUAUUAUUCAGCUUGGCAAUUGCUUUUGAUUUGGUGGAUUGAUAACAUGGUAUAAUAUAUUUAAGCAGUUUGAAACUAUUCAUUUCUACACACUAUUUUUAAAAAUCAUCUGCUAGAUGAAACAUACAAUAAAACUACCUGUGCUGAAAUUUGGGGGAGUUUAGGUCCUUUAAAAAAAAGGUAUUAAUAAUCAUUGACUACAUCUAUGAUAAAAGUGCUUAUUUUGGUUUACUUAGAUAAUGCAGUUGGUGGAAAUGAUAAACAUUUAAAGUGUUAACACUCUGUGAAUGCAUUGGAUUUAAGAGAAUAAACAUUUUAUAAAAAUCACUUGGUAAGGAUUAUAAACUUAAUUAUUGCACUUAAAAUGAAACAUUACUUUUUUACAAUGU